AAACAAAGAAUACUUUAUAGGUGGUGAAUGAAAGCAAGUUAUGCAACGCUGGUUUUACCUAGAGGAACAUAAAAAACAAAAAAUAAUCCCUUCAAAAAAAAUGUCUCUGCAACAAUCCUUCAAAGUUCGUGAAGUUACAUUACGAGAUUGGAUUUUUUCUGUUUCUGCUCCUGAUGUAAGACCCGGAGAGAAAGUGUUUCUAACAGGAAGCACUGUUGAGCUUGGUGAAUGGGAUUUUAAUAAGUUGGUAUCUUUGGAGCAACUGUCAGCAUCUGACUUAUGGACUAAAACUAUAAAAAUACCCAAUAUUGGUGAUGUGUUAUAUCGCUAUGUCAUAUGUGUGAUCACUGAGGAGAACACAGUAAAUAUACGAUAUUGGGAAACAAACAUUCAUCCUCGUCUCAUUAAAGAGUCAGCAUUGCAUCCAGGUGAGGAUAAAUUUGGUGAAUAUGAUGAUAAACGUAACAUUAGUACAGGUUGGCUUACAACUCAAACAUUGGUUCAAUUUAAAUUUGCUAACAACCCAUUGAAGUUGAAGAGUCGGUUAAAUACAAGAUUAAUGAAUAUUAAAGUCACUCCAGUAAAGUUGUCUUUUGGAAUGGAAUCACAUUUGGAUGACUCAUCACUGAGCACAGAUACAAUGGAUGUUGAAGUACCAGCUGGUGUGUUUGUUGAAGUGUCUACAUUAGGUAAUGAUACCUCAGUGUGCCGUCUGAAGGUCCAAGAGCAGUUUGGAAGAGAAUACAGGCCUAAUGACAUAUUACUUGUUAAUGUUACAACUCCUAAUCAUUUGGGUCUUGCAUAUCUGGUAGAUUUCUAUUCAUAUAGUAGUCGGGCAUCUACUGAAGACCCGCCUUGUCAUAUAGGAUACACUUACAUCCUACCAAAUAUGUUUAAAUUGUCUGAAGGGACACUAGAAUUACCUGUGACAUGCAAUGUUAAGCAUAGGCCAUUGGGUACUGUCAAUUUUGAUUAUCUGAUUAUUCACCCACUUCCUGAGAAGUUGUGUGAUCUCCAGGUAUCAUUUGCUAAACACUGGGACCCAACAUGGACCGGCUUAGAGGUGGGACACCGUGGUCUUGGAGCCAGCUUCAAAACAAAAGAAGGAAAUUCUAUUCGUGAAAAUACAAUAGCAUCACUUAAAAAAGCAGCUGCCAGUGGUGCAGAUUUGCUUGAAUUUGAUGUUCAACUGAGCAAAGAUAUGAUACCAGUAAUAUAUCAUGAUUACCAUGUAUGUAUUUCUAUGAAAAGAAAGAAGGAGGUAGAACAUACUGAAAUGUUAGAAUUACCAGUGAAGGACUUGACCUUGGAACACCUACAGAAACUGAAGGUCUAUCAUUUAGUAGAAGGCCGUAACCAUGAAAUUCUUUUUUUUGAUGAAGAUCUAGAAGAACAUCAGCCAUUUCCUACCUUGGAAGAUGUUUUGAGGAAUAUUGAUUUACAUGUAGGAUUCAAUAUAGAACUGAAAUGGACUAUGGAAAUGGGCGAUGGUACUUUUGAGUUGAAUAAUCCAUUUGAUAUGAACACUUAUGUGGAUAAGAUUCUAGAAGUUGUGUUGAAACAUGCAGGAGAACGACGUAUUGUAUUUUCUGGCUUUAAUCCAGAUAUUUGCACUAUGGUACGGCAGAAACAGAACAAAUAUCCAGUGAUGUUUUUAACUAUUGGUAUUACCAAUAAAUACCCUGCGUACCGGGAUCCCAGAUGUUUGUCUAUACCAGCUGCUGUACAGCAUGCGGUUAGUUCUGAUAUAUUGGGUGUUGUGGUACACACAGAAGAUCUUUUACGAGAUCCGACUCAGGUGAAACUAGCUACUGAUGCGGGUUUAGUUAUAUUCUGCUGGGGCGAUGAUAAUAAUGAUAAAAACACAAUUAAACGGCUUAAGGAAAUGGGGCUACAUGCUGUGAUAUAUGAUAAACUUGAUCAAUACACUACGAAAGAAAUUAAGGAGAGCAUAUUUCUGGUGGAGGCACGUGAUUCGCAGCGCGAGCUUAUGCGGCUGGCCGCAUUAGACGUACUACCUACUACAGAGAGCUCGACUACGGUUCACACUCUCCCCGAGUCGACGAAUCGACCUUUUCUUGAUCUCUCGCUACGCAACAAAAUACAGGAGGGCUCCACUGCCACAUCGCUCGAGUCACUGGCCUCCUCUGUUAACCCUAGAAGUGAGGGUAUAGAUAAAAAUUUGAAACGUAACAGAAAUUUAGUUACAAAUACUGAUAAAGAUUAUCAAGUGAAGGAGCAGCGAAACUAUUUUCGUGACUUAUUUACGGCAGGCGAUAACAGCAAAGAAUUGCCCAAAAAAUCUCGUCAAAAUAAUAAAGAAUAGAUUUUAUCACUAGUUGUAUAACCCGUAAUAGAACCAACGCAAUCGCAUAAUUCAUCCAUAUUAUAUAUUCAAGUUAUUUAUGCUAUUUUAGAAAUUAAAUUUUGUAAUAAAUUAGCAAUCUAUUUUCUUUGUUCGGCGUAUGGUAAAAAUAUUUUAUCUGCAUUAUUACUUAUUUAUACUUCAUUGUCUGGAUAAGUAUAUGGCAGUGAAAGUAACUGGGUACAGAGACAUCAUCAUGACAACCUCGCCUUAAUAUAACUUAUCCAGACGUAAGUUGCUUGGCGGAAAAUAUAGAAUAU